UCCUUCGGUUAGCAUAAGGGCUUAACUACUGGAAAUCCCAGGGUAAAUAGAAAUUUUAAUGAGCCGCACGCAACGGAAAAGGUGUCUAGGAAGUCUAAACAUCUAAGUCAAUUUACACAGACAUUUCUUGCUAAGCUCCCGGGUCGGGUUCCAAUUUUGUUUAUAGCAGGCACCCCAUAAAAAGCAUUACGGAUAAAGAUCUACCUGCACCACGGCGGUAUUUGGGGUCUGGGUCUCAGUUCAUUAAGUGCGGAGCUCUCGACGCGAACGGUUGAUCUGUUCAGAUCGCUCGGGGUGUCGUGUUUAUAUUACUGCUCUGAUUCCGAACCUCCUCCGAUUAACGUCAGUUGCAAUCAGCUCGAAUCAGCGGUAAUUCAAUCAGAGAGAUAUGGUGGGAAAAAAAAUUCUACAGCUUGCGGUGAUGGCUCUGCUCGCCUCCUGGACGGAGGCUCAGACGGAGCCCAACUAUGAGGAUCCCAGCAAGCUCAAGGUCUGGCUAACCAUCAGUGCCCGCAAGAGAUUCCUGGAGGUCUCUUGGAGUAAUGCCCCUGCGAAUGAGGGCGACCACGUCCUGGUGACGAGAGAGGCUCCGCUCAACUUCCAGUCGAAGCUCCUGCCCAAGCGCACUCCUCUGGCGGCCUUCCGCAGUGAGGAGGGUAGCGGUUCCGAUGAAGGAGCCCCCAGCUUCGUGCCCAUCAGUGGAUUCACCAUCAGACCGGAUUCGUCGGCAUCUAAGGAAUCUAAGGAAAAGCAGGAGAAGUACUGGGUGGCCAAUGGAGGAGCCACCGAUGUGGUGGCCUCCAUUAAACCAAGUCAGGGACUCUCCUCCCAGUGGUUCACCACUGGCAUACCCUACGAUUAUGCCUUGUCCAGGAAUGUGACCAUUCAAACCGCUUGCUAUGGCUUCUGGGCCAGCUACAUCGAUGGCCAGGGCAAUAUCUUGGCCAAAACAUGUCUCAGGGUGUUUCCUCGCUGGAUGAACGAGCUGAAGUCGAAAAUAGGAGAGAUGCGCCUGCGAGAUCUCUUUAUUCCCGGAUCCCACGACUCGGGAUCAUAUCGCCCGAACUUUGAUCCGUUGCUCAAGGAAAGUCUGGUUACGAAAUACGCGCUGACCCAGGAUGAGGAUAUCAGGGGGCAGUUGAUGCAUGGAGUGCGCUAUUUGGACAUUCGGGUGGGCUACUACCGGCACUCACCGGAACCGUUCUUCAUCUACCAUGGGAUUACCAAGCAACGUCCGCUGCAAGAGGUCAUCAACCAGGUCAAGGACUUUAUCUACGAGACCAACGAAAUUGUCAUCUUCGGACUCAAGGAAUUCCCAGUGGGCUUCGGCAAGGGACUUGGUGUUCACCGCCUGCUGAUCAGCUAUUUGCGCGAUCAGUUCCAGGACCUCAUUGCCCAUCCCACGCUGACCUGGCGCGCAUCCUUGCGAGACAUUUGGGCCCGGAAGCAGAACGUGGUCUUGGCUUACGACCAUGAGGCCAUGGUGGAAGAGUUCCCAGAGAUCCUGUUUGGAUCCGUGGAGCAGCGCUGGGGCAACAAGCAAACGUGGGCAGAACUUGAGACCUAUCUGCGCACCGUCAAUGACUUCGACGUAUCACGAUUCUCCAGUCGUCCGGUGUCCGAUAUGGCGGAGAUGACCCCGGAGACCUGGGACGUCAUCCUGGACAAGCCAGGCGGCCUGCGCAAGAUGGCCGAUAACGUGAAUUGGCGGGUCUCCCAGUUAUAUCGCAAUGAAUUGGGUACUAAUGCCAAUAUUGUGUCGGUGGAUUUCAUACGGGGCACCACAAUUGUGGAAACGGCUAUAGAAUAUAAUACCCGCAGAAUUUAUAUGUAG